AUGGUGGUAUCUGCCGACCCUUUGUCCGGCAAGAGGGCAGAGAUGAACAUCCUAGAAAUCAACCAGGAAUUGCGCUCCCAGCUGGCAGAGAGCAAUCAGCAGUUCCGAGACCUCAAAGAGAAAUUCCUUAUAACUCAAGCUACUGCCUACUCCCUGGCCAACCAGCUGAAGAAAUACAAGUGUGAAGAGUACAAAGACAUCAUAGACUCUGUGCUGAAGGAUGAACUGCAGUUUGUGGAGAAGCUGGCAGAGAAGCUCAGACAAGCUGAGGAGCUCGGGGAAUAUAAAGCCCUGGUUCACUCUCAGGCACGAGAGCUGACCCAGUUACGGGAGAAGUUACAGGAAGGGAGAGAUGCCUCCCGUUCACUGAAUCAGCAUUUCAAGGCCCUCCUCGCUCCUGAUGACCUUGAUAAGUCCCAGGGUCAGGACUUCCGAGAGCAGCUGGCUGAGGGGUACAGGCUGGCAGAGCGCCUUCUCCAGAAGCUCAGCCCAGAAACUGAUGAAGGUGAGGAUGAAGAUGAGAAAGAUGAGGAGGUUGAGAAAGUAGAAGAAUCAUCUGCCCCCAGGGACGUGCAGAUGGCUGAAGAAAAGGAAGUCCCUCAGGACUCACUGGAGGAAUGUGCUGUCACUUAUUCAAAUAGUCACGACCCAUCUGACUCCAGCCAGCCUCACAGGAGCACCAAAAUCACAUCUGAGGAAGACAAAGUCGACUCUGCUCUGGUUGUAGAGAAUGAACCCUCUCAUGAUGAAGGGGAAGAAGCUCUAAACAUUCUCCCAGAAAAUCAGAAUGAUCAUGAGGAAGAGGAGGGGAAAGUGCCAGUGCUCCCCAGGAACCGACAAUCAGUUGAGCCAGGUGAACUGACCAAACUCAGGGAUUUCCUGAUCUCACCCGUGGUCUCCCAUUUGGUUAAUCCAGAACACCACGAUAUAUCCAACUCUUACCUGCAUCAUGAAGUCACUUUCUUGGCACUGGAUGAAGAGAAAGUUGGCUCCGCUCAGGGUGUUGCCAGGGAUUACUCCAAUUCCAAAUGGGAUGAAACUCCACUUGGCUUCCUAGAAAAGCAAAAUAAUCUCGAAGAGGUGAAAGGAAAUGAAACCGUUGAUCCCAGGCUCAGCAGGGGACCGCUGAGGGGGGACAAGCGUGAAGUCACCCAGGAGUCACUGGAUGGAUGUUACUUGACUCCUUCCAUUCUUCCUGAACUACCUCACUCCUACCGCCCUUAUUGGAGCACUUCGUACUGUUUUGAAGACAAGCAAGGCAGCUUGACUCUUGUAGACGAAAUUGAAAAGGAUCAAGAGGAGGUAGAAGACCAAGACCCACCGCGCCCCAGGUUGAUCCAGGAGCUGCCAGAGGUGGAGGAGCAGAAAAUCCCAGAGGACUCUGUGGAUGAAGUUUACUUGACUCCUUUAGUUCACUGUGACCUGUCUGACUGCCACCAGCCUUAUAGCAGCACCUUGUCCUCAUUGGAGAAUCAACUUGCCUGUUCUGCUCUGGAUAUAGCCUCUCCCACCAAGACGGCCUGUCCCCAAGGGACUUGGAGUGGAGACUUGAGCCACCACCUCUCAGAGGUGCAGGCUUCACAGGCACAGCUGGAGCCAAGCACCCUGGUGCCCAGUUGUCUGCGACUACAGCUGGAUCAAGGGUUCUACUGUGGGAAUGGCUUGGCCAGGCGGGGCCUUUCCUCCACCACCUGCAGCUUCGCAGCCAAUGCUGAUUCUGGGAACCAACAGCCCUUCCAAGAGAUUGUUUGUAAGCCCUCCCUGGGGAUGAAGAACCCUCCCCAGCUGGAAGAUGAUGCACUUGAAGGCUCAGCAGACAACACACAAGGCUGUCAAGUCAUUGGCCAGAUUCAUGCCUCCAGUGUCCUGAAACCGAAGAUCAUCAAAAGAAAACUCCCGUUCAGCAAGUGGAGACUGGCAUUCAGAUUCCCUUGCCUGCAAGCUUAGGGUGCAGAGAUACCAAAUACUGCUGGAAGAAUGCAAAGGAUGAAAGGAUGUCACAAAAAAUUGCUUUUCCACUUGAUGAAAAAAACUAAAACAGCAAAGCAAGUUCAAGUUCUAAGACAAUAUUGCAGGGGUCCUUCACUGAGGAUUGAAUUUUAGACACAGAAUACUCUGGAUGAUUUCAACCCACUACACUCCUUUGAUUUGAGAAGCCACAGUCCAUUUCCCUCCACUUGUGAUCAAUACCUAGGGAGAGCAAUGCCCAGAUGGACAGACAGCAUUGACAGGCCUUAGCCCUGCUCCUCUCAAUUCCCAUCGUGUAGAGAACAGGAGUCAGGAGCUGCUGGCAGGAGACAGCAUGUCAGCCGGGACUCUGCCAGGGCAGAGUAUGAACAAUGCCAUGUUCUUGCUGAAAAUGCUUAGCCUGAGUUUCAUAGGAGGUAACCCUCAGACAACUGCAGAAUGUAGAACAUUGAACAGGACAACUGACCUGUCUCCUUCAAACAGUUCUUCAAACACCACCAAGAACACAACAAAAAGGAGAAGAGACAUUUGGGGUUCAAAAAGACUAAAAAGACUAUGUAGCUUAUGCUUUUUUAGUCAUUUUGAACCCAAAACAUCUCCUCAUCUUCUUGUUGUUGUCAUUGAUGGUGGUGACAUGGACUUGUUUAUAGAGGACAGCUCAGCUGCCUGGUUCAAUUCUGAAGUUAUCUGAAAAUGUCCUCAUGAUUAAAUUUAGCGUAAACAUUUUGCCAGGAACACUGCAGAGUCCAUGCUGUGAGCUUCCUGCCUCAGUCCAUCUGCAGGCAGAGAAGGCCCAGUGUGUCCAUCCCCAUUGUUGUGAUACUAGGAUCGUCACUUGGCUAAGUAGGGGUCUAGCAGCUCUGUGCCUUGUAAAGACACCGUAUUUAUAAUUAAUUUGGAAAGUGGUUUGAAAUAGUAUCAAUAUCCUAUAUUCUAACGAUCUUCCUCUGAGUAUUUUAUCAUCAAUUAAUCACC